GUCCACAAAAGUAAAUGAAGCGAAUACAAUCAGGUAGAGGGAAAGCAGGUGCAAUCUCAGACUGGAACAGAGUGUAACCAGGCCAGAAACACUACAGCCAUGGGAGCAGGAGCCUUGAAAUGUUUGAUGAUUUUAGUCAUUGUCUUGAAUGCAAUUGCUGCUGCAGCUGGACUGGCAUUAUUCGCAGUGGCCAUUUGGGUAGCAGUGGACGGGUAUAAACUCUACCCCAUAUCUGGCGUCUCAGGAAAAGAUGACAUCUUUGCUGCAGCCUGGAUUGCCAUUUUUACAGGCUUUGCCUUCUUCCUCACAUGCAUCUUUGGCAUUUUCGCUGCCCUGAAAAGGAGCCGUGCACUCAUGAUGGCGUACCUGAUCAUUAUGUUCAUCAUCUUUCUGUUCGAAUGCGCCUCCGCCAUCACAGCAGCGACCAACCGAGAUUAUCUGGUUGGGAACAGUAACCUUGUAAAGAAACAGAUGCUGCAAUAUUAUGCAGACAGCAGCACACAAGGAAAGCAGAUUACACAAACAUGGAACAGAGUGAUGGAACAGGCCGAGUGCUGUGGAGCAGACGGUCCAAAGGACUGGUUAGAGUAUAACUCUACCUUCAAACAGAUAUUUGGCUCAACACACUUCUGGCCCCUCAACUGCUGCAAGAGACUGAGUAACUUUGAGGUGGAAGAUCGAGAAGGCUGUCUCGUUGGCAAGAGCAGUGCCAUGUUCACAAAGGGUUGUUUCCAGUACAUUGAGUCUGUGUUAAGCCGUUACACAUGGGCUGUGAGCUGGUACGGUUUCUCCGUUCUCAUGUUUGUGUUUUUCACAUUGGUGAUCGCCAUGAUCUACUACAUGCAGCUGGAAUAACUGUACGGACUCCACAAGACACAUCUGCAUCAGCCGCACAGAUGCUUCCACUCAUAGAGUCACAGAAAAAUACAGAUGAUUGCAGAUUGCACAUAAUAAAUACAUGGAUAAUUGAUAUGACAAGUCAAAGUGUCCUGCAAUGUGACGCACUUCAUCAACAAUUAUAAACAGCAUUUUUUCCAUUUUUGUUUUAUUAUCAUACAUGUUGUUAUAACUUCUUAUAAUUUGCUCAUUUUAAAAUGUAUUAGUCACAUGGAUGUUCCAGGUUCAAAAUAAGCAUUAUCUUGAUCAAAAGCAUUUAUGGCAUAAUGAAUUUUUUAAAAACUUAAGAACUGGUGAGCAGUGAGCAUCAUUUCAUUAUGUUGGGAGGGAAGAGUUUAAGUUAUUUCUAAGCUACCUAAUAAACGUAUUCAAAUACA